AUGUCUCAGACAGCUCCUGAACCAAUGAAAUUACCAAAUACUCAAGACUUCCCACCAGUAGACUGGAGACCCGUCAUGCCUGUUGAAGAUGAGAUUGAAGAUCAGAAAAAGGAAAUACUCAAUCAUGAAGUCGAAGAGAAGAACUUUGUUCUCGAACAACGCGAAGAAUCCAUUAACAAUCUCCCAGAAGAAGAACGUCUUAAGGACAGAGAGGAAAAGCUGAAGAAGCUUGAAGAAGAGCUUCGUAGUAAGGAGGAGAAACUCCGCAGGAAUCAAGAUAAGAGAAGCAAGAAUAAUAGGAAAGACAAGAGGUCUCAUUUCAAAUACGAAUCCGAUCAAGUAGUUGAGAUUCCUAUUGAUGAGUUCGCCCAGUUCAAAUCGUGGGAAAACUCUUUCAAGAAGAAACGCGUCAAUGCGAUGAAGUACAAAGCUUUCUGCGAAUGGCGUCAAGCAAAUGGAAAAGUUCCACAAGCUCCACAAAUACAGCAAGAAAAUUCACAGAAUCAACAGUAA